GUCGCAGACCUCCAACCACCUCUCUCUCCUCUCUCAGCCAGUUACACACUGAAACCAAAAACAAAGAAAGAAACAAAUCCACUCAAUAAAUGUGAAAAAUCGCCAUGAAAAUGAAGGCAAAGAGCUCCAGAGCAAAGUUGGGCUUACCCACCGUCUUCCUCCUCUGCUCCCUCUUCUUCUUCGCCGGUUUAUUCAUCUCCACCCUCCUCUCCCAUGCCUCCGUCCCUCGCUUAAUCUCCAGAACUCUGGAAUCCGAAGACAACAAAGAUCAAAAUCCAAAUUCCCAUCUCAAUUUUUCCGAGAAACAAACAGAAAAUUCUCUCCCUAAAACUAACACUCAGAAACAACAGAAAGCGGGGAAAAUGCUAGAUCCGAGAACUGAUAUGCUGUCGCCACCCUCCUCCCCUACCAACUCCUCCGUCUCCUCCUCCGAUCUCGACACCGAGUCUACAGGCUCCUUCUUUCACGAUCGGAGCACGACGUUAGGAACACUAAUGGGAGUGAGCUUCCCCGCCAUCACCUUCAGAGUUCCGAGCCAGCAUCGCCACGACCCCCAAAUCGAAAACAUCAACAACAUCGGUAGUACUAGCGGAAGCAGCUCCGGGAAGACGAAGAAGCCGAAAAAGAAGAGCACCGCCGCUUCGUUGGCGGUGGGUGUGCGGGCGGGGCGACGGAAGAGGUGGUGGCGCCUCUGCCAAGAUGACGGCACCAAGCCGGCUUCGCUUGGGGAGUUUCUUGAGGUGGAGAGGAGGUUCGGAUAUGCUGCAUUUUACUAUACGGUCGCGGAACUGGAAGGCGUCAUGGUGGGCCAGCCUAGAAAUGGACGGCUGUUGUUCGUCAACGGGAGGGUUCUUCUGCCAUCGAAUGUUGAUGAUGGGAUUAGGACUUCAUCGACGGCUGGGGUUUUCUCUAGAUUGCUAGUUUCACUCACUGCCAUCUGUGGUGGCGGUGUAGCAUUGAUGAAAAGAGGAAGUGAUCAGCAACAAGCAGGUGCUACUGAAAGACUAUAUGACCGGCUUCCCCAAAGAAUCUGACAUGCAACUCGCCGCCGCCACCACCAAGCUCAAGCUUCCAGAAAGUUCAAAAGGGGUUCUGGUGAAGAACCUCUACUUGUCCUGCGACCCUUAUAUUAGAAACUGCAUGACCAAGUGUGAACUUGUUGCCAGUUUUAUGGAUUCUUUCAAACUCGGUUCGCCUAUAGUCGGAUAUGGAGCCAAAGUUUUGGAAUCCGGAGAUCCCAAGUUUAAGCAAGGCGACUUCAUUUAGGGAAUAAUCGGGUGGGAAGAGUACAGUGUUAUCACUGCAAUAGAGUCUUUGUUUAAGAUUUAGCACACUGAUGUGCCUCUCUCUUACAACUACAGCUUUGAGAAGCCCCAAUUUUCAGCAACCCAGAAGCCCAAAUCAACGUCACAAUUCAUUUCUUGCUCAGAUCGAAGGUGCAGUCUUAGAUCUCAAUCGGAUUCUGUUGGUUCCAUGCAGAAUAACCAGUGUUCGUACACCUUCCAACAUGGAGAUGGCAGUGAGACAUCAGGCUAUUACGUAUCAGGGCAAGGUGUUGGGGUAGUCGCCGACCCAGAUCCCAUCUCCUGCGAAUACCACAAGCACUAGUGGAAAACUAGGCAAAAGAUAAGAUUCAUGUGCUCAUAAUAAUGCAUUAUUCCGCUUUGGCGUUGUCUGCCAUCUACCAAAAGAGAAAAGAGAAAGUAAAAGCAAAAGUAGAAAGCAAAAGAAGAUAAAAAGAAGCAAACAUAAUUGCG